UCAACGGACAGAAAGAUUUCCUGUAGUUCAAAUGAUCCUAUUAUAUUACUUUAAAACAUAAAUUUAAAAUAAUUUGAAAAGUUAUGCCCGGGAUGACAGUAUAGGAGAAUAAUACCCAGCGAGGCUCUAGACGCAUGCAGCUGCAACGGCAAUGGCUGUGCAUAGAGAGGGCUGGGCAUACUUCUGCAUGCCAUGACGCUGGGGGGAAUUGUGGAAAAGAGCGAGGGAACUCCGCUUUUGCAAAGCAUCGUGGCAAAUGAGCUCAGCCACUGUGCCAGCGCCUGAGCCAGUUUGCAGGGCAAGCUCCUGCAGUCAAUAGCUCGGGCGCGUCUGCGAGAUUCCUGCAGGACACGAAGGGGAGACAGGAUCGCGCAAUGGAAAGAAUCAUGGCUACGUCAAAUGUUUUUAUUUCUUCCUGAUCUCUCCCUCCCUCACUCUCUCUCUCUGUCUCUCUCUGUCUCUCAUAUCAAUAAUUCACCUUAGGGCUUCCCCCCCUCUCUUCUCCUCCUGGAUGUGGAGGGGGGGGUUGGACGGCGAAGAACGGGGCACUGGGAAGUGCUGAUUUUGUCUGGGCGGUGUUUGGAACAGUGUUUUCAAGAGCUCUUUAAGGGACUAAGAAGAAGAAGCAGCAGCAAAGAGAGAAGACAGACUUUUUUGCAGGGAUUGCUGGAAGUGCGCAGGAGAAGCUGCUGCUGUGGCUGCUGCUGAGGCGCCGGCAGCGGGUUUUUCCUCCUCGCUGCUGGUAGGGCUGCGAUUGCUGGCUUUUGUGGCGUGGUGUGUGCGGACGUGGAGAGGGGUGGAAGGAGCGUGGGGCGCUCCAAGCUCGGCGUCGCUGUCCGCCUCUCUUGGUGCUGAACAUGGGCGCUUCAAGCAGGGCGCUGUCCAUGGUGCCUACCGUCCUCCUGGCUUUGGCUCUCCCCACCGUCUGGGCACAGAAUGACACGGAGCCCAUCGUCCUCGAAGGGAAAUGCUUGGUAGUUUGCGAUUCCAACCCUGCUACGGACGCCAAGGGAUCGUCCUCUUCUCCUCUGGGGAUCUCCGUACGGGCUGCUAAUUCUAAGGUUGCUUUCUCGGCGGUCAGGAGUACCAACCAUGAACCUUCCGAGAUGAGCAACAAAACCAGGAUAAUCUACUUUGAUCAGAUCCUAGUAAAUGUGGGCAAUUUCUUUACACUGGAGUCUGUCUUUGUAGCACCAAGGAAAGGAAUUUACAGUUUUAAUUUUCAUGUAAUUAAAGUCUACCAGAGCCAAACAAUUCAGGUGAACCUGAUGCUCAAUGGAAAACCAGUCAUUUCUGCUUUUGCUGGGGACAAAGAUGUCACUCGCGAAGCUGCUACAAAUGGAGUCCUACUGUAUCUAGACAAGGAAGAUAAGGUUUACCUGAAACUGGAGAAAGGUAAUCUGGUUGGCGGAUGGCAGUAUUCUACAUUUUCUGGCUUCCUGGUCUUCCCCCUGUAAAGUCAAUUUCCCUGUGACAUUCAUCCAGGUGUGGACCAGUCAUUGCUUCUGUUCUUUGAAGAUCAUCUUCUCAUCCUUUGGAUUGAUGUUUUCUUUCUUGGUUUCUCAUGGGUGAAUAUGGAUUCUAUUUAUGGCAUUCGACCCUAUCUGAACGACUUUGAGAUCUCGCCGAAUUUUUGUGUGUUUAAAUACGGUGCAUUUGGAUUAAGACUUAAAGCAGACAAUACAUAUCUAUGCUUAAUGUUACAGAAUAAAGUUGCCUGCAAGAUUUAUUCAGAGUUCCUUUACUGGACAUAUUGGGAGAAGUGGAUAAUUAUUGUUGUCUUUUCCCCCCCUCAUUAUAUUUUUUAAAAGACUGGCAACCAGGUCUAUAAUUUAAGAGUCAUUGAGUUCACUCUUCAAUCAAGAUUAAUACAUAGCUGCCAAAGAACUGUUCAUUGAUACAUUAGUUAUACCAUGUCUUUGUUUCCCUUGCUCUAAAAAUUAACAUAAAUCCAUUCCAGUCUGUUGAGAAAGAAUAGAUAAUGGUUAUUGAUAAGUGAUUGACUUCAUUACUCCUCUUUGUACAGUGUGCUGGAGGAUGAUUCAUUUAGAUGUUUUCCUUCAAAUAAUUAAUCUCAAAGAGGACCACCCUGUUCAAAGUCUUUAAGUCAUAGCUGGAUCUUAUUUGCACAUGGAAGGAAUUUAUAUUCUACAGAAAGUAUUUUCUAAUAAUGAGAAGAGAUUACACGCUAACAAAAUUGCUUACCAGGGUUAAAUGGGAUCAUUUUGGCAAACCUCUGCAAAACAGGCUUGCUCCAUAGGAAAGUUAUACUUGUUCUUCAUCUUUAAUGAACAUGAUUGAUAAUAACCACUUUAUCAAAAACAACCGAAGGGAUUCAUUCCUUAGACACAGCUAAUUUAUUAGUCGGAGAUGGAAAUUCUCCCCUCUGUUUUGAAUUAUGUCCUUUCUCAAGCCUUCUGUGGUAUUUGAGGUGUCAUCUGGUUUUGCCUUAAUUCCAGAAAUGUAUAUAAUAAUGAUAGAUAUCGUGAGCAUGGUCCAGCCAAAGUUAAGCAUGUUGAAAAAGACCUAAUGUUGUCAAGGGUGGGAGGAUUUAAGAACAUGCUUAACUCUACCAUUGAUAUCAGUGGGUCUUAAACAUGCUUGAUUUCAGCUGCAUUGUGCCCGAUGUGUUUAGCAAAUAUUCAGUCCAAAUAGCCGGUACCUAAACUUGGUGCAAUAUCUUUUCUGUCUUUUUGUAAAGGCCAUAUGAAUUCAUAAAUUUAUUUAUUAUGUUGCUGUUACAUAAUAAAAAUUAAUAUAUGUUAGUGUA